GAAAGAGAGCAAGAAAAAUAAACAGAGAGUCAGAGAGAGAUGGGGAGAGGGAAAGUGGAAUUGAAGAAAAUCGAGAAUAAGAUAAACCGGCAAGUGACCUUUUCGAAACGACGGCUCGGUCUGUUCAAGAAAGCUCAGGAGAUCUCUGUGCUCUGCGAUGCCCAAGUUGCCCUUAUAGUCUCCUGCAGCCGCGGCAAGGUCUUCGACUUUGCCAGCACCAACGAUGUAAACGAAAUUCUCAACCGGUACCAACAAAGCUGCUAUUCCUCACAAGACAAUGUUGCUGAGAAUGAAACACAGAACUUAUAUCAAGAAGUCUCAAAAUUGAAAGUCAAAUAUGAAUCUCUUCAGCGUUCGCAAAGGCAUUUUCUUGGAGAAGAUCUUGAAAAACUUCGUCUGAAAGAAUUGGAAAAUCUUGAGAAACAGCUUGACAGAACUCUUUCACAAGCUAGACAAAGGAAGAUGCAGAUGAUGUUAGAUCAAUUAGAAGCACUACGCAGAAAGGAGAAUGAUCUUGAAGAGAUACAUAAGCAGCUAAAAUCUGAGCUUGAAGAAAGGGAAAAACAUAGCAACAAUGAUGAUGAUGAAGCAUUAAUUCAAGGUCGUCCAGGAGGAGAGCCUACUGUAGCUGCUGGAGCUUCUCAUGAAAACAUUUCUACUAAAACGCGCUCUGCAAAUGCUAAUCAGCAAGAGCCCACUUAUGAAUAUGCUCGGGCGUGAUUCAGCAGCUGCAACCAAUUAGGGCCUUGGCAAUUUGGCAUCCCUUAAAUUAUUCACGUAUUGUAUCUUACAGCAAUUAAGUUGCAUGUAAUGUGUAAUGUAAUAAAUGUGGC